AUGGAUAUGAAUAGUAUCGUAGAUAACAAGCUUAAUAUGUCCCUUGACGAUAUAAUUAAGAAAGAACGUAUUGCAAAUAAGCGACUUCAAAAUGAUGGCUUCCGAAGGGGAGCAGGAACACGUACAUUAAUGAAACGAAAUAUCAAGAAUAAUCAGUCGGUUUCUACACGCACAAUUACUCGUAAAAAUCGCCGUCAGGGUGCUACUAGUGGUAGAAAUGUUGCUUCUGCGGCUGCGAUGAAAGUGGUCAAUAAACUUGUUAAGAGAGCGAUCGAACGACGCGCGAAUCAAUCUCUCAUAAAUCGUGCGGCGACGUUGCGUCGUCGUGCCCUUCAAAGAAAUACUGCAGUGCGACCAGGCGGCAGAGUGUUGCGUGUACGUAAAGAGGUAUCUGGUGCCGGAUCGCGUCUUGCUGGUCGAUUGUCAGGGAUUAAUCGGAGAUCAAGAGUGAUUCGAAGAGAUAAUAUGCGCGUUCAGCCUGUUGUGUUCGCAUCGCCCCAGGUACUUCGUGGCAGAGGAAUAUCGCGAAUGGGACAGCUAGCUAGUGAUAGUGAAGCUGUUAUAGUAGGAGAGAGUGCAAUUGGGCCUUCAGUACUUAAACAACAAGUGAUGCGUCGUGUAUCAACUCUCCCUCAAAAUCGACAAGUCAUUCUUCGUCGUCCCACAAAUCCAGUUUAUCUUGAAGAACGUCCAGUGGUUAUUCGCAGAGGUGGCAGGCAGAAACGCAUUGCUCUUCGUAAUGCUCCUAGUGUGGUUUAUGUUGAGCCUGAACCACAGUUCACUCCACAGCAUAGAUAUGGGCAUUUUGCUAAUGGGCAGUCGAAUAAUCGUUCAGGUGGCAAGAAUCGCUAUGUUAUCAAUCCAAAUGCUAUUCAGAUGCGCAAAGCAUUGGGAAUCGGCAUGCGACAGUCGGAACCACAACGCUUUGAAACUAGUAGCACGUUUCUCCAGCGUGUACCUGUAACAAGUCGCAGAGGGCGAGGAUUUCGAGAAAUUGUUUACAAUUAA